UGCUUGGUUGGGCUUUCAACUUCAUCUCAACUACAUUCAGACGUCCCAAAGCCAGAUACACAAGCUCUGCUCAAAUAACCAUCCAGGGCCAUGGCUCAUCGGCUGAAUGAAAACUCAGCGGCCAUCUUCUCGCCAUCCGUCGCCCGCAUCGCCGCAUCCACCGCCCGAGACUGGUCCUAUGUCGACGCCUGGCUUGCGUCUAAAUCGCCUGCAUGGAAGAACUCGCUGCCGUCUUUUGAGCGAAACCAGGACACGCUCAAGGCCCUGCUGGCCCUCGUGUCGCUCAACGAAGCAGCCGAUGAUCAGCGCCGCCUCCUUGCCCGGGUCGAUGCCACGGCUCUUCAGGCGCUGAGCGCCCACGACAAGGCCGAGGCGGGCAUUACGGCCAAUGGCACCACCCUUACCAAAGGCCAUUUGCUCGAUGCCAUAGAGCACAGCCUGCCCAAGGACGGUGUCAACGCUCUGGAUGUUCUCACUGCCGUGGCAUCUGAGGCCGCCACUGCGAGCGCGGAUCCUGAUCAUCUUGGCAGCCUGAUGCUUCGUCUUCAGGGCACGGUGUACGGGGCUGAGCAGACGGCAGCCCGCGUUGAUGCCUUUGACCGCCAGCUUCAGAGAGAGGCCGAGGCGGCUGAGGAGCUGCUUCACACGCUGCAGAGCGAGAGCUACAAACCGCCUUCUGACCUAGCAAAGCAGAACCUGGAUGUGCAGCGCAGAAUCAAGACCGUUUCUGCCCAACUCCCUGAUCUCCAUGACCGUGUCACCGCUCUUGGUGCGUCCAUUGCGACGCCGUAUAUGGCGAUUGGCGAUGUCAUUGAGCUUGAACAGCGCUAUCAAGCCUUGCUGUUCCAUGCGAGGGAUCUCAGCGAGCAGAUUGCCGCUCUUUCACAGGACACUCGUGGUCAUUGAUACUAGAAUCUUCGCGAUAAACGCCAUUGGCAUCUUAUAAUGGGAACAUUCAUGCUGCAGUCAAAGGCGUCG